CUUUACAUAGCAAGGAGGACGUUCCUCAGUUUUUUUUUCUUCUUCUUUUGAAGCCUCCUGUGAAAUGAUACAGAUGAAAGGAAAGUGCUUGUCAGCUGUUUGCUGGAGACCACUGCAUUUCCUCUUGGCUGCUGUGGAGUAGAAGAUCAGGGCUCUGUAGCCCUCCCCCUUGUGAUUGGCUGUCACACUUUAGGCUCAACCCCUUUACCCCCCUCGCUCUUCUCUCUCUUUCUCCCCUUCACCGUCCUCUGCUCCUCACACUGUCCUCAGGCAUACCUGAGCCACCGCUGCAGAAACACUGGACCCCCCCCCCCCUCCUCCUCCUCAUUCGCGCACUAACAUAUACACACACACACACCCACGCCAGCACGUCCGCUCUCUCUGUUCCACACACACAGUCUUUCACCUGGAGAGGGCAGGCGCAAGGGACGACAUGUGCAGCAGCAGCAGUAGCAGCAGCAGCAGUCUGUCUCCACAUCCAGCACUGCCUCUCUGAGUUGCCUCUUUCCGGAGAGUGGAAGGGGGGGGGGGACGACUCUGAAUUUUUUAUUUUUUAUUUUUGGAGCAUUUUUGUUGUUGUCUCUCGGCGAAAGCAGGAGAGACUCGGGCAAGUGGGGGGAAACACCUGCCAACCCCAGAGGAUACCAAAGGCAACACAAACCCACACAGCAUGAUUCUGGGAGGCAUUAAUCGGGCUGGGGCAGCAGUGCCGACGUUCCUGCGGACCCCCACGGUGAUCCAGCCCCACCUGGACAUGAAGCCGUUCCUACAGUUUCCUAUGGAAAGCCCACCUCCUCCACACAGCAUGAGUCUCUUCCACAACUUCAACACCAUGGACCCCGUGCAGAAGGCUGUGAUAAACCACACCUUCGGAGUGCCUCUGGUCAAGACCAAGCGGCCGGUCAUCUCCUGCAACGUCUGUCAGAUCCGCUUCAACUCAGAGAGCCAGGCGGAGGCCCAUUACAAGGGGAACCGCCAUGCCAGGAGAGUUAAAGGCAUUGAAACGUCCAAGAGUCGCCCCCAGGAGGGGGACAAGCCUCAUGCCCUGACCCAGACCUCAUCCCCGUCUCCACUUGGAGCCCCUGGCAUUUCCCAGGAUUGUGAUAGUGGGAAAGCAGAUGAUACACGACCUCUGUCGCAGUUAAGCGAGCCCCUUCUGGCUUCAGGGCCCCUUCCCUCACUACCCAAUCCACCCACCCCGCCCAUGGAUUCCCCCCUGACGUCAGUGUGCCCACUUCUUCCAACUCAGACUCCCCCUUUGGUCCCCCCGACCAGCUCCUCCCCCGGCUGCGGCAGCGCCAGCUCAGACCAGCCCGGGUCUGGACCACCAGCUUCAGGAGUGUCAGCCACUCCGGCUUCCAGCAGCCCAUCCAACCCGGAGACGGAGGAAGAUAAGGCCAAAAAGCUGCUGUACUGCUCACUGUGCAAGGUGGCUGUCAAUUCACUCUCACAGCUGGAAGCCCACAACAAAGGCACUAAACACAAAACCAUACUGGAGGCACGAAGCGGGCUUGGUCCUAUUAAGGCGUACCCUCGCCUAGGUCCAAAGCCCAUUGGAGAGCAGGGAGGGGGGCCAGUGGACCCCAACACUCAGGAACGAACCUUCCACUGUGAGAUUUGCAACGUGCGGGUGAACUCUGAACUGCAACUCAAACAGCACAUAUCAAGCCGGCGGCACCGGGACGGCAUGGCAGGAAAGCCUAACCCCCUCCUCAGCCGACAUAAGAAGCACAGGGGGGCGGAUCUGACGUCUUCUUUGACCUUCUCUAAGGAUCUCACCAAAGCUUUGGGUGCGGGGCUGUUGCCCAACCCGUUGGCCGUUGCCGCAGCUAUGGCCGCGGCUGCAUCCUCGAACCCGCUGGCUCUCCGCGCAGCUGCCCCUGGCCCUCAUCCCCACCACCACCACCUCUUGCAAGGCCCACCUCUCAGCCACGCCAUCUUGAGACCCGCCCCUGGGCCCAUCCGCACCACCCAUGGGCCAAUCCUCUUCUCUCCUUACUGACACAUUGUCCUGUGACUUCAUCCCGUCAGAAACAUCCACUCCAAAAGCACACUGUGAAGCUAGAAAAAAAAAAAAAGAUCAACAAACAGCAAUUGCUAAUGGGGGAAACAUCCAGUAGUUUAAAUGUCUGAUAGAAUAGCAAGGGAAAGGAACAGUGGGAAGGAGUACAAGUAUUAUGUGUCUCUUUUUCCCUUUACCUAAAACUCUCCACUCACUCGCCUUCUUUUUCAAAGGACUUCUGAUAGCUCUGUAGAAAAGAUGAGUGAAGGAGAGAAUUCAUUAUCCAUCGUACUCUCUUGUACAUUUCCCAUUUUCCCUAGUCCUUCCCUUGCACUGUGGCCAAAACGAGGCCACCUCAAUACAGAAAAGAACAAAACAAAACACUACACAGACUACACAGAUCUUUCUAGAAAUGUCAAACCAUGCAUAGUGUUAUCGUUACUAUUCUGGCGCAGGGGGUGUUUCUCCUGUUGUUACGGCUCGACUUCUUCUCGUCACCCUAUGCACCUCAGAAACCAGGACAAUAGUGUUGCGUCAGUAGGGUAGCUGCUUCCUUCUGUCUUCGCUGUAUCCGCCGCGGCUCGCAGCGGCGCUCUCCACAAUGCUGUACACUGUCCUUCUCUGCAGCCAGCAGCUCUUCCAUUUGUGACACUAGGUCCUCACUAUUUGCAACAUGACUUUGUCUGACAGGCCGGCGGUACUCACAGCCGAACACAUCAGACGGAGAAGGUUAGGAGAACAGAAGAGAGACUGUAGGGGAUCGCAGCCUAAGCCCCCUGUCAUUGCCAGAGAAGGUGAGGUGAGAGGAGGGUCUGUGCGGGUCAGUGGAUGGAUUGACCACAGGAAGCAUGCAGACGCGCGCACACCCCGACACGCACACACACACGUAUAGUCCAGAACAAAUCUGUGUUUUAAAAUAGAUCGCACUAACUAACACUGCUGCAGGGUAUGUCUGCCAGCUUUCAUAACAGUCAGAAAACGACGUUGAAGAAGACGAAAGGGGAGGGCGGAAACAGCUGGAGUCAAGCUUGUGAACAUACUGCACUGCUGUAUUUAACACAUGACAGUCCUAUACAGCUCAUAAUAUGUUCAAGUAAAGGAUGUUCUAUGGUGUUGUGGUUUAUGGUACUGAAAAGAGCAUAGGUUAUAGUUGGCGUUCUCUUUUCCGUUUACAUCAUCAUCACGCUCUUUCCUCUCAGGCUGAAUUACUGUGUAGGUGGUCAGGUAUGACUUAAACCUGACCUUAGGUUCGGAUCUAUUUAUGUUGUUCCUGCAUGCGUCCUUACAAUAAGGCUCUUCAGGGACAAACUUUAGCACCACUGGGUUGAAUCCUAUUGUUCCUGCGUAGUCCUCCUCCUCCUCACCUGGCUGAUACCCAAAGGUUUAUUUGUUCGGGUCAAUAAAAAAAAAACUGAAAGGGAACCGGAUGAAAAGCAUGCUUUCUUAGUUUAAGAUGAUACUGAGCUGGAGUCAUACGAUAAAGGUGCCCAGAAGCAAAAGCCCAGACGUCCAGCUCGAGGCAACCAUUGAUACUUCCUGUCUUACAAAUGAAAGCCAUGACACGCACCAUGAUUUGUUUUCUUUUACAAAGACUGGUGAGCACUUUGUUUUAUCUCGGUUUGGACUGUUGCUUUGUGUUUACACUGCACAUGAAAAAAUGAGCAAAAUCGGGGGGAAAUAAAACAUAUAAUAUUUUUGUAGGUAGGAAAUGUUUAUCAAUGCAUCCAUGAGAAGGAAGUGAAUAAAAGGGGUUGAAAUUGUUUUGGUGGAUGUCAUAAACGAGCCUGACACACUUGUGCGUUCUAUUUGUUCUCGGAAGUUGGAAGAUCUGACUUAUAAGUCAUCAUUUUGAAUUAGCAAUAAUUGUUAGAUAGCAUCUCAUUGUUAUGACUGAGCUAUCUCAUAAUCACAGGACCACAUUAAUUUUUCCCUCUCAGUGUUGGAAUUGGGCUUCAACAGAAAUGUCUGGAAUGUCUUCUUUAGUCCGAUUUUGGAAAGUUGGUGUAUUCAUUAGUUUAAUGUCCCAUAAAGCUGUCAUUCAGUCAUAACUUGUGCAAAUCAUUUAUUUGCAUUUCUGACAGUUAUCUCAUUUAAUCAGUGGAACAUAGCACUGUAAUACACAGCUUUUAGUGUUUAAAUGAAAAAAAAAAGUUAAAAAAUAUAUCACUGUUGGCUUCCACUGGUAGCGCCACACACAGUAACUAGUGCCAAAACAUUUGCAAAUUUUCUGACUUGCAGCUUUGAAGCAUUUCCUUCAUACUUGGAGGUAUGAAGAAAUGUUGCAUUUCUAAAGUUGGUUGGAAAUACAACAAGAGCAUCACCUGAAGGGGUUAAUGUUACUGGAUAAAUUAUCUAAAGUGCCUGUUGGGCGAAAAAUAUAAGGGGUCAAUUCUCAACAACAUAAAGUGAUAACUGUCAUCUGCGUCGUUCAGUAGCAGCAGGUUAUGGGUUGGAUAUGUCAUAUCCUCACAUGACUAUGUAAACAGUUAAUACAACUGCAACUCUUUGGCAUAAAUCAGAAAUACUGCUGCAACCCUAAAGUACUGGUAUGAGUAUCUCGAUUUUAGUUGGAAAAACUGGUUUUCCAACUUUUAGCUGUGGUAUUCCCAACUCAGCUACGACACUAAUCCCAGAUCAGAGCUCCGACUUCCGAGACAACUGGAAUACAGAAUUACCAAUAGGUAGAUAAGAUGAGGAGCCAGAUAAAGCUAUUUAAGCAACAACUGGCUCCUGCUCGACAGCUUGGAACGGAAACCCCUUUUUUUGAACAAGAUGUACACUGUGCCCUAUCAUUGAGAAACAAUGAGCUCUAAUGUCUUACCUUUGUCUGAAUAUUGCAAUGCAAUGAGCAAUUUAUAUCAAAGUGACUUGUUAUCAUUGUUACGUCAAUGUCUGGAGUUGUUUAGAGUGGGAGCAUGCCAGAUCACAGGCCUUUCUUUUCCUUCCAUAAGAAUCGUGGACCCUCAAUGGUGCAAGGGAGGAGUAGCAAAAGACAGAUGCAUAGCUCAGCACAGAGACCGACCCUUCAUAUUAAAGGGCCUUUAAACUAUGGGAAUCUCUGUUUGGGGAACAGGGUACAACACCAGGUGUAAAAGGAUUUCAGCUCAACGAUCUGUUCAAUAGGCUGUUGUUUUUAUUGUUUUAUUUGGAUUCCCUACAUUGCUUUUUUUUUCCUGUUUGUGAGUAGCGUACCCAAGUGAAAAUGCAGAGGAAUAUUAUUAAUGCCAUUACUUAAAGAAGAAGUUGCCUCAGUGUCAGCUUCCACCAUUGUGCUCUUUUUGUUGUGGAAAGUAAUCUUUGAGUUCAUCUUUGAGUGAGAUACUGUUCCAAGAUUUGUGCUUGCCUUCCUGUUGGUGUGUGUACCAUGUAUAUUCAAGUGUGUGAUGGUAUAUCCUCACUCCUGACCCUCCACCGGUAGUGUACGGAGGUGACCUGGAGCUAAAAAGUGCCCUGACUUCGUGACGGAGACAAAAAUCCUGUUUGAUUUGAGGAGAUUGAUGAAUCGGAAAGGAUUUUAUCAUGGAGCUGAUCUUAUAACUCGGCUAUAUCAAAGUGUUUGCAUCCCUGUUAGGCCAGUCAUUCUAGUAGCAUGACUGAAAUGUUCAAAUUGUCCUAGAUAUGUUCACAAAGUGGAAACAGCCAUUAAAUCCUCCUCAUUUUUCACAUUCGAGAAAUAAAUAACCGAUUCUCAUUUUCUGGACUUCAUGUUAGCUGUGUUUAGGCUCCUAGCCUUAGCCUUAUUCUGCCCUCAGUCUCUCUCCGAGCAGAACCAUAGAAUGAGAGAGCCCGAGAGGCUUUGGUGUAAUUUUGUCUUGCCAAUAAAAUUAUUUUUGAACUUCAUUAUCAGAGGGAUAAAGAGUUUGUAUGGCAAACUGUAGCAAUACCUGACUCAUUCUGGCUACUCUUGUUUAUUGCAAUAAGAAAAUGAAACAAUAAAUGUGUAUGUGAUUAAAACAUAAAUGUAAUUUAAAUAAUAAUAAAAAAAAAACUUUAUGGAAAAUAUUGAUAUCAAGCAAAACUAUUGUGAAAAAAGUAAAUGUCAAUAAAUCAUGAAAUGAUAUUGUCUGCAGAA